AUGCAUAUUUUAAAUAAAAUACACAUAUCAAGUCUAUUAAGUAGUUCAAUAUAUACGUGUAAUAUUAGCGAGAUAACAGAUAUCGUCAGAAAAAAGUACACGGAUAAAACAACCAAUUUAUUAGGCAUUUUACAUUCUAUAAGAACAAUACAUCUAGUAAAAAACAAUGAAACACUUCAAACAAAGUCCUUUAAAGCCUCUUUGUCUAUUGAGGAUAUAUCGAAGCUUCCUCAAAAUGUUCAAGCAGCAUAUCUUGAACCUCUUCGUCAUCCAGCACGUUAUGGAAUCAUUACAUGUUCAUUACAGAUGCGAAGCUUUGAAGUGCCUCGCCUAGCAUUCUUUGCAGACUUUUCUAUGAGAGUAGCAUAUUAUUUAGGACUCCCGGCAUCUGGACCAGUGCCAUUACCUAAGAGAAUUGAACGCUGGACUGUUCCAAGAGGUCCUUUUAUCCAUACAAAGAGCAAAGAAAACUUUGAACGCAUUACACAUAAGCGUCUUAUUACAAUAAAAGAUGGACAUCCACGUGUGGUUGAAAUAUGGCUUGCAUAUUUAAAAAAACAUGCCAUGAGCGGAGUUGGUAUGAAAGCAAAUGUUUUUCAUUGGGAACCCAUGGAAAAAAAGGAAUAA